AUGUCUUAUACAAAAGAGUUUUCUUCUUAUCGACGGGGAUCCGAAUUAAAUGGCCUAAAACCAUACAGCGAUGAAGAAAAACGUAGAAGCUCCGAUUUUAAUGAGGAAGCUUUGGGUGAACAUACAGUCUCAAUGAAUAACACUUCCAACCGAGAUGAAUAUGACCGUCCAAGAGGCGGGUUUCACCGAGGUGCAGGUCCUCGCCGCUCCCGAUUCGGCGGUAGACCUCCCAAGUCUCGAGGAUUCAAAAAGAAAAAUAAAUCCAGAAAACCUCCGUUUUCCCCUCACCGAUCGCCCCAUUCUCCUGAAUACGACCAUCCGCGCAAGCGGCCGUUGUUACCACGUUCCCAUCCGAGUCCUACCUCUCCUCCUCGAUCACCUCCACCUCCGCCGCCAUCUUCUUACCAGCUUCCUCAUCCAAAACAACCUCUUCCUCCUCCUCCUCCCCCAUCUGGUUCUCCUCGGUUUCCACCAGCCAAUUCGUCUUCUGAGAUGCCCUUUAUUCAAUCUCGAUCAAGUAAUAAUACCAACAAGGAAGCCUUAGAAGAUUCUAAAUUGAACCAAUAUUCUUCAAGGAACUCACAAAGCUCUAGUAAUCCUCAUCGCGAUGCUAAUAUGCAUGGAAAAUCUAGCCGUUUUCGAUUUCAUAUUCCUCAGGAGACAACCCCUUCCAGACGUUCACGAUUCGAUCAACCUCCUACUAAAAGGAUGGCUUUAAAUUCCCCUCCCCCAAGCAUUACCUGUCAGCCACCAAAGGAACCAAUCUAUACUUAUACGUACGGAAAAUCUGCUUAUGAGAAAGUGGAUCAGAUUGGUGAAGGAACAUACGGGAAAGUGUAUAAAGCAAUUAAUAAUGUCACAGGAGAAUUAGUGGCUUUAAAGCGAAUCCGCUUAGAACAAGAAAAGGAUGGGUUUCCAAUAACUACAGUUCGCGAGGUUAAAAUUCUUCAGCGCCUGCGACAUAAAAACAUUGUUAAAUUACUAGAAAUUUUGGUUGAAAAAAAUUCCGUGAACAUGGUUUUCGAAUACAUGGAUCAUGACUUGACAGGUGUGUUACUUAAUUCCCAACUGCAUUUUACGCCAGGAAAUGUCAAACACCUAUCAAAACAACUCUUUGAAGCCUUGAGGUAUCUUCAUCAUCUCGGUGUGAUUCAUCGUGACAUAAAGGGAUCUAACAUUUUGUUAAAUAAUAAUGGAGACCUAAAGUUUGCAGAUUUCGGUCUCGCAAGGUUCAAAACUUAUCCUAAGGCUGGCGCAACUUAUACCAAUCGAGUUAUUACUUUGUGGUUUCGGCCUCCAGAACUCCUUUUAGGAGAAACUAAAUAUGAUAGUGCUGUCGAUAUCUGGAGCGUGGGUUGUAUAGUCAUGGAACUUUUUGUUGGAAAGCCUCUUUUCCAAGGGAAAGACGAAAUACACCAACUAGAGAUUAUUUACGAUCUGAUGGGAACACCCAAUAUAGAAUCCUGGCCAGAAGUAAAAAGUCUGCCAUGGUAUGAUCUUUUAAAGCCACCUCAUGGAAAACCGAGCCGCUUUGUAGAUUCCUUCCGAGAAAAGCUUACGCCUGCGGCAAUUGAUUUAUGUCAGAAAUUGCUAUCCCUUAAUCCUGCUCAUCGUCCAUCAGCUCGUGAUGCUUUGAUGCAUGAAUAUUUUGUUUCGGAAUCGCCUCCUCCUGAACCAGCUGUAAUUUUAAAAGACAUGCAAGGUAGUUGGCAUGAAUGGGAAGGAAAAAAACGACGUGGAAAAAGAUAA